CCAGUCCUAAGCAGGGUGAGCGAGCAGAGCGGUUUCUAUCUCUCCUCCAUACUUACUCAGUAUUCAAACAUCCGUCCGCUAAGGAUUUUUUUGGACUACUUGCUGCCUCGUAUUGAUAGGCUAAUAUAUCUGGAGAAAAGACACGAAGGGACCCGUCGACGAUCCAUAGAGGUAUACCUUCACGGUAAUUUGGUAGAUUUUUGUCCCCCCAAUUAUUCUACUAUUCCUCUAUUGGGCUGUCGCGAGUUGUUUCGCUUCUCACUGGGUCCGUUUUAAUGGAAAAAAGCGACGCGGAGGAGAUGAUCCAGACGGGAGUCUAACGCAUUUUUUUUUGCCCAUUGACGAUCAUCUUGUUGCAUUGGACUUCUAUUGUGGGCUAUGGGAAGUAUCGAUUCGCACGGAGACAGCACAUUUUGCUCUUCAUAAAGGAUGUGGUCAAGUAUUUUGGAAAAAUAGCCAUAGCUUCCGGAGUGUAAGGCCAAAUGACAUAGGAUGAAGGCGAUUCGUAACCAGUUGAUUUAUAUAUUUUCCACCUAUCUCCUGGUUAUGUUUGGAUUAACUGGUGCACAAGACUACUGGUGUUCCACUUUGGUCAAGGGGGUCAUAUAUGGAUCUUACUCAGUGACUGAGAUGUUUCCCAAGAACUACACAAAUUGCACAUGGACGUUGGAGAACCCUGACCCUACCAAAUACAGCAUCUACCUUAAACUAUACAAACGAGACUUGAGCUGCUCCGAGUUCUCUUUGCUUGCUUAUCAAUUCGAUCACUACUCGCACGAGAAGAUCAAUGAAUUGCUGAAAAACAACGAGUCUAUAGUGUACCUGUGUGAUUCCAAGAAUAUGUAUAUAUUUUUGCAGUAUGACAAGAAUUUUGUGCAGCUACGGAGGGUUUUCCCUUACGAUUAUAACGGAUUGCAGAAGACGGACGAAGAGGAGAAGUCUGUGGUGGAAUUCUUGGUCUUGAACAAGGCGAGCCCCAGUCAAUUUGGAUGUCAGGUGCUGUGCACGUGGCUGGAAAACUGCCUGAAAUCGGAGAAAGGAACUGUGGAAUCAUGUGGAAUAGUGUAUACGAAAUGCACCUGUCCCCAGCACCUAGGCGACGGAGAAUCAGAAAGUAUGCUUUUGCUUAACAACGUGGUUUUGCCUUUAAAUCCCCAAACGGAGGGAUGCCUGACUCCACAAAUCCGUGCUGGGCAGGUGUGCAACAUCAGUGCAGAGGUUAAACGACCAGCAAAGGAGGAAUAUGGAAUGAUCGGCGAACAUACUGUAAAAAGUCAGCGACCCAGAUCAGUCUUUGACACAAAGGCCCUGCAGGAGCAAGCUGAAUCUGCUAAAUUUAUGGCACAAACUGGUGAAUCUGGUGCAGAGGAGUGGUCCCAGUGGAGCUCAUGCUCAGUUUCAUGCGGCCAAGGGUCGCAGGUGCGAACAAGAACCUGUGGUUCACCAUACGGAACACACUGCAGCGGUCCUUUAAGAGAGUCAAGGGUUUGCAAUAACACUGUCCCCUGUCCAGUGCAUGGCGUCUGGGAGGAGUGGUCACCAUGGAGCCUGUGUUCGUUUACGUGUGGGCGUGGCCACCGCACUAGGAACAGGAUGUGUGCCCCGCCCCAACAUGGAGGGAGAGCCUGUGACGGGCCUGAGACCCAGAGCAAACUCUGCAACAUCGCCCUCUGUCCAGUGGACGGCCAGUGGCAGGAGUGGAGCCUGUGGAGUGACUGUUCAGUGACCUGUGCCAACGGGACCCAGCAGAGGACCAGACAAUGCUCAGCCGCCGCCCACGGUGGGUCGGAGUGUCGUGGCCACUGGGCAGAGAGCAGAGAGUGUUACAAUCCAGACUGCACAGCCAAUGGCCAGUGGAAUCCCUGGGGGCCUUGGAGUGGCUGCUCCAAAUCAUGUGACGGGGGUUGGCAGAGGCGGGCGCGGGUGUGCCAGGGGGCAGCGGUCACCGGGCAACAGUGCGAGGGCACAGGGGAUGAAGUCCGCAAGUGCAGUGACCAGCGUUGCCCAGCGCCCUAUGAGAUCUGUCUGGAGGACUACACUGUAUCCAUGGUGUGGAGAAGAACACCUUCAGGAGAACUGGCCUUCAACAGGUGUCCUCCCAAUGCCACGGGCACCACUAGUCGACGCUGCUCUCUGGAUCACCGGGGUGUGGCCUAUUGGGAACCACCCAGCUAUGCCCGCUGCAUAACCAAUGAAUAUAGAUACCUGCAGCAAUCAGUAGGUCUAUCUUCAAUCCAGGGCCAUCUAGCUAAGGGCCAGGGGAAGUUGGCAGGGGACGGGAUGUCUCAGGUGACCAAGACCCUGCUGGAUCUCACCCAGAGAAGGAACUUCUACGCUGGAGACCUGCUGUCCUCUGUGGAGAUACUCAGAAACGUGACUGAUACCUUCAAGAGGGCCAGUUACGAACCUAGCUCAGACGACGUGCAGAACUUCUUUCAGAUCAUCAGCAAUCUCCUAGAGGAGGACAACAGGGAAAAGUGGGAAGACGCACAACAGAUCUAUCCAGGUGCAGUGGAGCUGAUGCAGGUCAUCGAGGAAUUCAUCCACAUCGUUGGCCUGGGCAUGAAGGACUUCCACAACGCCUAUCUGAUGACUGGGAACUUGGUGGCCAGCAUCCAGAGGCUCCCGGCACUGUCUGUGAUGACUGACAUCAACUUCCCUAUGAAGGGCCGUAAAGGCAUGGUGGACUGGGCCAGGAACUCUGAGGACAAGGUGGUUAUCCCCAAGGGCAUCUUUCUACCACAGUCUGCAGACAUGGAUGGAUCACCUGUUUUCAUCCUGGGGACAGUCCUGUACAAGACUCUGGGACUGAUGCUGCCUUCACCAAGGAACCACACGGCAGUGAGCUCCAAAGUCAUUGCUGUCACAGUGAGACCAGAGCCCAGGAUAACAGAGUCACACCUGGAGAUCGAGCUGGCUCACCUGGCCAACGGAACCCUGAGUCCUUACUGUGCACUGUGGGAUAACAGCGUCAUGAACGAUUCUUGGGGAACCUGGUCGACUAAAGGAUGUAAAACCGUACUAACCGAUGCAUCCCAUACAAAAUGCUUAUGUGAUCGUGUAUCUACCUUCGCCAUUUUGGCACAGCAACCAAGAGAAAUAACCAUGGAGUACUCAGCGGUCCCCUCUGUGACUUUGAUCAUUGGUUGUGGUCUGUCCUGUCUCGCCUUGAUCCUGUUGCUAGUGGUCUAUGCUAUUCUAUGGAGUACUUCCCGUUAUUCCAGAUAUAUCCGGUCUGAGCGGUCCAUCAUCCUAAUCAACUUCUGUCUGUCAAUCAUCUCCUCCAACCUCCUCAUCCUGGUUGGACAGACACAGACACACAAUGCGGGUGUCUGUACCAUGACAACAGCCUUCCUUCACUUCUUCUUCCUGGCGUCGUUCUGCUGGGUCCUGACGGAGGCUUGGCAGUCCUACAUGGCCGUCACUGGGAAGGUCCGCACCAGGCUCAUCAGGAAGAGGUUCCUCUGUCUGGGAUGGGGAUUACCUGCCUUGGUGGUUGCCGUCUCAAUGGGAUUCACCAAAGCAAAAGGCUAUGGGACACCCCAGUAUUGCUGGCUAUCUCUAGAAGGUGGUCUCCUAUAUGCCUUUGUUGGACCGGCAGCAGCAGUGGUUCUGGUCAACAUGGUGAUUGGUAUCCUGGUGUUCAACAAGCUGGUCUCCAGAGACGGGAUUCUGGAGAAGAAGCCGAAGCAUCGAGCUGGACCGAUGAACGAGCCCCAUACAGGGUUAACUCUGAAAUGUGCCAAAUGUGGUGUGGUGUCCACCACUGCUCUCUCUGCAACUACAGCCAGUAAUGCCAUGGCCUCUCUGUGGAGUUCCUGUGUGGUUCUGCCUCUGCUGGCUCUGACCUGGAUGUCUGCGGUGCUGGCCAUGACAGACAAGCGCUCCAUCCUAUUUCAGAUCCUCUUCUCUGUCUUCGACUCGUUGCAGGGCUUUGUCAUCGUCAUGGUGCACUGUAUCCUGAGGAAAGAGGUCCAAGAUGCUUUCAGAUGUCGUCUCAGAAACUGUCAGGACCCCAGAAACUGUCAGGACCCCCUCAACGCUGACAACACUGGAACUUUCCCCAAUGGUCAUGCUCAGAUUAUGUAUGUUUCCAGCAACUGUGGUGGAUGCCUAACCAGGCCAGGGCAGUACGGCUCGGCAGGGAUCGCCUUGGCUCAGCUCAGUGUGAAAAGGACGGACUUUGAGAAAGACGUUGACAUCGCCUGUCGAUCAGCUCUCCACAAAGACAUGGGCUCUUGCCGCGCGGCGACCAUCACCGGCACCCUAUCCCGUAUCUCUCUGAAUGACGAGGAGGAUGAGAAGGGUCCCGAGGGGCUCAACUACUCCACCUUACCCGGCAACAUCAUCUCCAAGGUGAUGAUCCAGCAGCCCGGCAUGCACAUGGGCCCCAUGGGGGACAUGGGUGAGGGCUGCCUGGGCGACAGCGUGUCUGACAUGCGCCGCACCGUCUACCUGUGCACCGAUGAUGCUCUCCGUCAGUCCGACCAGGAUAUGGGCGGGCACGGGCAUGGCGGGAUGGGCAGUGGCCACGACAUGGGCAACAUGGGCGGUAUGGGUGGUAUGAGCGGACAUUCACCCCAAGGCCAGAUGAUGGAGACAGACUACAUUGUGAUGCCACGAGCUUCGGCGGCGUCAGCAGGAUCUGGGAACUGUAACACACUUCCCACUCUCCUGAAGGAUGAUAGCUCCACCAAGAUGAACAUGGGCCUGGGCAUGGGAGAUACGCUGCCCCAUGAUAGGAUGAUGCAACACUACAAGAUGGCACCGGACUUCAGCAUGAGCCCGACGGGGAUGGGCGGGAUUGGGGUCAUGGAGCACAUGAACAUGGGGGUGAACAUGGAUCAGAACCUACAGCAGCAGUAUGGGUCAGGAGGAGGACAGGAACACAUGCAGCAGAACCUGCCCUUUGAACCCCGAACCGCUGUCAAGAACUUCCUGGCUGAGAUGGAAGAGACUGGAGGGCUGUCGAGGAGCGAGACGGGAUCCACCAUAUCCAUGAGCUCCUUAGAGAGAAGAAAAUCGCGCUACCAAGAUCUGGACUUUGAAAAAGUCAUGCACACCAGGAAAAGACACAUGGAGCUGUUCCAAGAACUGAAUCAGAAAUUUCAAACCCUGGAUCGAUUUCAAGACAUACCAAAUAUGGGCAGCAUGGACAAGGCCAUGGCCAACAAGAACCCCUGGGAGAGCUACAACCCAGCCUGUGAGUACCAGAACUACGCCAGUAUGAAUGUACUAGACCCUGACCCCAAGGACUCUCUGGAGAUGACCGCAGCAGAGUGGGAGAAGUGUGUCAAUCUCCCCUUAGACGUCCAGGAGGGAGACUUCCAGACAGAGGUCUGAUCUGAUCUGAUCUAAACAAACCAGGAAAUGAGUCCAAAAUGGCACCCUAUUCCCAAUGAAGUGCACUACUUAUGACCAGGUCCUAUAGGCCUCUUUUUCACCAGUACCCAAAGGGCUCUUUUGAACAGGACUCAUAGGGCUCUGGUCAAAGGUAGUGCACUAUAUAGGGAAUAGGGUGACAUUUUGGAUGCACUCCAGAAAGGAGACUUCCAGGAAGUUAAAAACCAGGAAGAGGAAAACCAGGAGAAAAAAUGAUAACCAGGACAUGGAGGAAAGGGGAAAGGAUGUAUUUUGCACUGAAAAAAAUGGACAGACUGUCCUAACAGCCUUGGCCUAGUACAUAUCUGGAUUCUAAAGGAGGGAUGACAAGGACAUGAUGUGCCAAUACCAUUUAAGAGGAAAACACAGAGGACAGGAGGAAGAAAUACAACAAAAAAUACAACAAAAAUCAUCAGUGUUACUUUUUGUAUUCUCACUAGUGUACUUAGUGCAGCGGGCCAGCCAGGUGGGUGUACAAUAUUUACCAUCAUGUGUUUCAGAGUACCCAUGGUAAAGAAGAAUUGGUUUCAAAAAGGUGAAAAUCUUUCUAGAUGAAUAAACCUCAAAAGCUAAAUGAAGACAUAAUACAAUGUCAAUCCCAGCUUCGUUGGAUCCAGUUUUAUAUUUCACAAAACUGGACCCUGGAAGCACAAUGUAUAUAUUUAUGCAGGUUUUUAAAAAGUUUAUAACAAGUCUGUUUGGCCAUUACUAUACUUUUUACUUUAUAAUAUAAAAUAUAUAUGAGCGGAGAGUGGCAGGCAAAGAGGAUUUUCUGUCAUAUAAAAAUGAAUGUUUGUCAAAGCUACAUUCUUCAUUGCUUUAAAUGCAAUAAAGGUAAGACUCACUUUUAUAUGAAUAAUAUAUUUCACAAACUUUAAUACUGCAGAAUCUUGCUUGAAGAAUCUCGGCUAAAACUCUCUCAUCUGCAGCCCUGUAUAAAAUAUUUAAAAAUGAAAAAUGUUGUAUGGUGUAAAUAAACUUUUGUCUACAUAUGUUUUACUUGUGCCAAUUUAUUUUAAUGAGGAAAAAAAAUGCCAACUUGAUCAAGCGUUAUAGCGUUAUAAAAUGUUAACAUUUGAACAAGGAAUAAAGGAGGAAAUAUGUUCGUACUG